CCUGUUUUCUCACUCUCGUUCGGCCGACAUCUUAUCGCCAUCUACUCAAUCAUUUUAAGAACAGAGCAGCUUGUUAGGUUGAUUUUUUCGCAACGUUUUAAACAAUGUCGCAUCCUCAGCAAUACGACGACCAGUACGCUCCGGCUCAACAGACCGACUCGUACUACGGCGAGGACGGCUACGAUCAGCACGGUCAGCUUAACGCCCAGUACGCCCAGGACGACGGGUACGUUGCUCAGGGUCACGGAUACGCCGACGGACACGCCGACGGACAGGGCUACUACGAGGACUCCGAAGUCGGAGACUCUUACUACGGCCAGCAGGGCCAAUAUGCCCAGGACCAGGGUUACUAUCGUCAGGAUGGUUACGCUGAGGACUACCCUCACGAUGCAUACCCUGCCGACUCUUCUUCUCACUUGCCCGUUCCCCGCGGCAAGGGCAAGAUGAGGGGUGACGAGGACGAGUCUGAAACUUUCUCUGACUUCACCAUGAGGAGCGACCAAGCUCGCCACCCGGACAUGGAUGCUUACGCUUCCGACCCCAGGUAUCAGUCCUACGGUCCUUCUACGGACUCUUUGUCCCAGAUGGCCGGUGACGGUCGUCGUGGAUACCGUCCGGACUCCAGCCAGCUUUCCUUCAACGGUAACCGCUCCUCCGGUGUCUCUACCCCCGUCUACGGUACCGACUACGCCGCUGCUGCCCAAUCUCGCUCUCGCGAGCCUUACCCCGCCUGGACCGCCGACAACCAGAUCCCUCUUCGCGCCGAGGAGAUUGAGGACAUCUUCAUCGACUUGGCCAACAAGUUCGGUUUUCAACGGGACAACAUGCGUAAUAUGUUCGACCACUUGAUGACUUUGCUUGACUCUCGUGCGUCGCGUAUGACAGCUAACCAGGCUUUGCUCAGCUUGCACGCCGAUUACAUUGGUGGUGACAACGCCAACUACCGCAAGUGGUACUUCGCUGCUCAGUUGGACAUGGACGACGCCGUUGGCUUCGCCAACAUGAAGAUCGGUAAGGCUUCUCGUAAGGUUAAGAGGGCCGCUAAGAAGAAGAAGGCCCAGGCUGACUCUGGCGAUGUCGAGGGUACCCUUGCUGCUUUCGAGGGUGACAACUCCCUUGAGGCCGCCGAGUACCGCUGGAAGACCAAGAUGAAUCAGAUGAGCCAGCAUGACCGUUGUCAGCAAUUGGCUUUGUACCUCAUGUGCUGGGGUGAGGCAAAUCAGGUCCGUUUCACUCCUGAGGCACUCUGUUUCAUCUUCAAGUGCUGUGACGACUACCUUCGCUCCCCCGAGUGCCAGAACAUGACUGAGCCCGCUGAGGAGGGCAAGUACCUCACCGAGGUUAUCACCCCUCUUUACAGGUUCAUGCGUGACCAAGGUUACGAGAUCAACGAUGGCAAGUACGUCCGUCGUGAGCGUGACCACAAGUCCAUUAUUGGUUACGAUGAUAUCAACCAGUUGUUCUGGUAUCCCGAGGGUAUCAAGCGCAUCCAGCUCAACGACAAGACCCCCUUGAUUGACAUCCCUGCCUCUGAGCGUCUCCACAAGUUGCACGAUGUCAAUUGGGGCAAGGCUUUCUUCAAGACCUAUAAGGAGUCUCGUUCUUGGUUCCACAUGGCUACCAACUUCAACCGUAUCUGGGUCAUCCACGUCUCUACUUUCUGGUUCUACACUGCUUACAACUCGCCUACUCUCUACACCCACAACUACGUUCAAACCCAGGACAACAAGCCUCCUAGGGCUGCUUACCUUGGUGCUGUCGGUUUCGGUGGUGCUAUCGCUUCGUUCUUGAUGAUUGUCGCCACUCUCUGUGAAUGGCGUUACGUUCCCCGUGCAUGGGCUGGUGCGCAGCACUUGUCCAAGAGGUUGUUGUUCAUCUGUAUCAUCUUCGCUAUCAACUUGGCUCCCGGUAUUUACAUCUUCUCCUUGAGCGAGUCUGGCCAGGAGGGCAAGAUCGCCGUGAUUGUCGGUGUUGUUCACUUUAUCAUCGCGCUCAUUACGUUCUUCUUCUUCGCUAUCAUUCCGCUCGGUUCUCUGUUCGGGAACUACUUGACUGGGAAGUCCAGGCGUUACGUUGCGUCCCAGACCUUCACGGCUUCGUACGCUAGGUUGACAGGUAAGGACAUGUGGAUGUCGUACGGUCUCUGGGUUCUUGUCUUCCUUUGCAAGCUCAUCGAGUCCUAUUGGUUCUUGACCCUUUCCAUCAAGGACCCCAUCCGUGUCUUGUCUACCAUGACCAUCGAGAACUGCCCCGGAGACAAGAUCUUGAAGAACUACCUUUGCCGUCGUCACGGUAAGAUUCUCUUGGGUAUGAUGUACCUCGUUGACUUGGUUUUGUUCUUCUUGGAUACCUUCUUGUGGUACAUUAUCUGGAACACCAUCUUUUCCGUCGCUCGUUCCUUCUACCUCGGUAUCUCCAUCUGGACUCCCUGGAGGAACAUAUUCUCUCGUUUGCCCAAGCGUAUCUACUCCAAGAUCUUGGCUACCAACGACAUGGAGAUCAAGUAUAAGCCCAAGGUUUUGAUCUCUCAGAUCUGGAACGCUGUCGUUAUCUCCAUGUACCGCGAGCACUUGUUGGCCAUUGACCACGUCCAGAAGUUGUUGUACCACCAGGUUCCCUCUGAGCAGGAGGGUAAGAGGACUCUCCGCCCCCCUACCUUCUUCGUCAGCCAGGAAGACCACUCCUUCAACACUGAGUUCUUCCCUGCGCACUCUGAGGCUGAGCGUCGUAUCUCUUUCUUCGCUCAGUCCUUGUCUACUCCUAUCCCUGAGCCUCUUCCGGUUGACAAUAUGCCUACUUUCACUGUUUUGGUUCCCCACUACAGUGAGAAGAUCUUGUUGUCCCUUCGUGAGAUUAUCCGUGAGGAGGAUCAAUUGUCCCGUGUCACUCUUUUGGAGUACUUGAAGCAGCUUCACCCUGUCGAGUGGGAGUGCUUCGUCAAGGACACCAAGAUCUUGGCUGAGGAAACCGCUGUUUUCAACGGCGCCGGACCCUCUCCUUUCGAGAAGGAUGAGAAGGACGCUGUCAAGAGCCAGAUUGAUGACUUGCCUUUCUACUGCAUUGGUUUCAAGAGCGCUGCUCCUGAGUACACUCUCCGUACCCGUAUCUGGGCUUCACUCCGUUCCCAGACUUUGUACCGUACUGUUUCUGGUUUCAUGAACUACGCCAAGGCCAUCAAGCUCUUAUACCGUGUUGAGAACCCCGAGGUCGUUCAGAUGUUCGGUGGUAACACUGAUAAGUUGGAGCGUGAGCUCGAGCGCAUGGCUCGUCGCAAGUUUAAGUUCUUGAUCUCUAUGCAGCGUUAUUCUAAGUUCAACAAGGAGGAGCAGGAGAACACCGAGUUCUUGCUCCGUGCUUACCCCGACUUGCAGAUUGCCUACUUGGACGAGGAGGCCCCUCUCGAGGAGGGCGAGGAGCCCCGUAUCUACUCAUGCUUGAUUGACGGUCACUCCGAGAUCAUGGAGGAUGGCAAGCGUCGUCCUAAGUUCCGUGUUCAGCUCUCUGGUAAUCCCAUCUUGGGAGACGGAAAGUCCGACAACCAGAACCACGCCAUUAUUUUCUACCGCGGUGAAUACAUCCAGCUUAUCGAUGCUAACCAGGACAACUACCUUGAGGAGUGUCUUAAGAUCCGUUCCGUUCUUGCUGAGUUCGAGGAGUUGUCUCCUGACAACAACAAUGUCUCUCCUUACACUCCUGGUCUUGCUCCUCAGACUACCAACCCCGUGGCCAUUCUCGGUGCUCGUGAGUACAUUUUCUCUGAGAACGUUGGUGUCCUCGGUGACGUUGCUGCCGGAAAGGAACAGACCUUCGGUACCUUGUUCGCUCGUACUUUGGCUCAGAUCGGUGGUAAGCUCCACUACGGUCACCCUGAUUUCUUGAACGGCAUUUUCAUGACUACACGUGGUGGUGUCUCUAAGGCUCAGAAGGGAUUGCACUUGAACGAAGAUAUCUACGCCGGUAUGAACGCUUUCAUGCGUGGUGGUCGUAUCAAGCACUGUGAGUACUACCAAUGUGGUAAGGGUCGUGACCUGGGUUUCGGAUCUAUUCUCAACUUCACCACCAAGAUCGGUACUGGUAUGGGAGAGCAGAUGUUGUCUCGUGAGUACUACUACCUCGGCACUCAGCUUCCUCUCGACCGUUUCUUGUCUUUCUACUACGCCCACCCUGGUUUCCACAUCAACAACUUGUUCAUCAUUUUGUCUGUGCAGCUCUUCAUGAUCGUCCUUCUCAGCAUUGGUGCGUUGAAGCACGAAGUCACGCUCUGUGUUGUCGCUUCGGGUGCCCCGAUUACCGACCCUCUCGUGCCUACUGGAUGUUACAACGUUCACCCCAUCAUUCAGUGGGUCAAGCGUUGUAUCUUGUCCAUUUUCAUCGUGUUCUUCAUCGCUUUCGUCCCUCUCGUUGUUCAGGAGCUUACUGAGCGUGGUUUCUGGCGUGCGGCUACCCGUCUCGCCAAGCACUUCGGUUCUCUUUCCCCCUUGUUCGAGGUGUUCGUCUGUCAGAUCUACUCGCACUCCUUGUUGACCAACUUGGCACUCGGUGGUGCUCGUUACAUCGGUACUGGACGUGGUUUCGCUACUGCGCGUAUGCCCUUCUCUAUCUUGUACUCUCGUUUCGCCGGUCCCUCGAUCUACCUUGGUGCGCGAUCGAUCAUGAUGUUGUUGUUCGCCACUAUGACUACUUGGGUCGUCCACUUGGUCUACUUCUGGGUUUCAUUGUUGGCUUUGUGUAUUUCGCCUUUCGUCUUCAACCCUCACCAGUUCUCUUGGACCGACUUCUUCGUGGAUUACCGUGAGUUCAUCCGCUGGUUGUCUCGUGGUAACUCUCGUUCGCACGCCAACUCCUGGAUCGGUUACUGCCGUUUGUCUCGUACCCGUAUCACUGGUUACAAGCGCAAGGUCCUUGGUCUUCCUUCUGAGAAGUUGUCCGGUGACAUUCCUCGUGCUGGUUUUGGCAACAUCUUCUUCAGCGAGGUUCUCGGCCCCAUUCUGUUGGUCUGCCUCACCCUCAUCCCCUACUUGUUCAUCAACGCCCAGACCGACACUGGAGGUGCUGAGCCUACUAACGGUCUUAUUCGCGUUGCCCUUCUGUCCUUGGCUCCUAUCGCUGUCAACGCUGGUGUCGCUAUGAUGUUCGGUGCUAUGGCCUGUUGUAUGGGUCCUCUUUUCUCUGUCUGCUGCAAGAAGUUCGGUGCUGUCCUUGCUGCCAUCGCUCACGCCAUUGCUGUUAUUAUCCUCAUCAUUUGUUUCGAGGCGAUGUGGUACUUGGAGAACUGGUCUUUGGCUAAGGCCAUUCUUGGUAUGAUUUGCUCCACCGCCAUCCAGCGUUUCGUCUACAAGCUCAUCAUCUGCCUCUGCUUGACUCGUGAGUUCAAGCACGAUAGUUCCAACUUGGGAUGGUGGACUGGUAAGUGGUACGGCCGCAACCUUGGUGGACAUGCCUUCUCUCAGCCACUUCGUGAGUUCGCUUGCAAGGUCUCUGAGCUUGGUCUCUUCUCUGCCGACUUCUUGUUGGGACACAUGAUCCUCUUCAUCUUGCUCCCGGCCUUGUGUAUUCCUUACAUUGACCGCUGGCACUCGAUGAUGCUCUUCUGGCUUCGUCCUUCCCGCCAGAUUCGUCCUCCUAUUUUCUCCCUCAAGCAGAACAAGUUGCGCAAGCGUAUUGUUAGGAGGUACGCGACCCUUUACUUCGCUAUCUUGAUUGUCUUCUUGGCUCUCAUCGUCGCUCCCUUGAUUGAGGGCAAGAACUGGGGUACUGGUGUUAGCAUUCCGGAAGACUUGCGUCAGCCUGCGUUGACCAGGACUCAUCUUUCCUACACCAGGAAGACCGCCUCUUGGGCCACGACCACCACGACUGCCGCUUAA